CUUUCACUUUCACCGAUGACUGUGUCGCAGCAUGGAUGGAAGCAGACUGAUUUAAACAAUCCUCUGUGUGUUGACCAUCCAGUCCUGCUGAUCAUGUGGACCAGUCACAGCUUGUAACUAUGACCACAACAACUGAAUGGAGAUUCUCACUUCUAAUUAAUAAAAAAAAAUACCUAUGGCAGAUCAACAAUUCAACAUAACAGCAUCAACUGCAGGUUCCUAAAGUGCAGCAGUUUGUCUUCAGCAGUUGAUCUUCAGUGUCAAGUCAAAAUGAUGCUUCCAGCAGAACACGUUAUGGCGACUGCAGCAUCAGACGAUCCGCAUCCUCGGAAGCGCAGUAGCAGCUUUAAAUGGCUGCCACCUAACAUGUCUGAGCUGAGGGUUGUUCUGCUGGGGAACAGCUGGUCUCAGAGGAGUUCAGUGGGGAACGUCAUACUGGGAGAGACUAAGUUCAACACUGAGGAAGAACCAGACUGCUGUCUGACAGAAAGAGGACAGAUAAAGGACAAAGAAAUAGUUCUGAUCAACACUCCAGAUCUGCUGCAUCCCAACAUCUCUGAAAACAAACUGUCAGAACAUGUAGAAAACUGUGUGAGAUACUCUGAUCCUGGACCUCAUGUGUUCCUGCUGGUUCUACAGCCUGAAGACUUCACUGAGAAACAAAAAGGGAAGCUGGAUAGGAUCCUUGGAAAGUUCAGUGAUCGAUCAUUUGAUCAUGUGUUGGUUUUGAUAACAACACCCAGAGAGGAGAGUUCAGGUGUAAAGAAAAAAUACAUGACACACCCUCCAUUAAAAGACAUGAUCAGAAUGUGUAGAUACAGAUACUUGAAACAGAAGAACCUUGAACGUCCAGAGCUGUUAACACGAUUGGGUCAAACUGCAAAGGAGAACAAUGGAGAGCAUGUGAGCUGUGAUGUGUUUGAGGACGCAACACCUGCUCUACCAGCUAAUAAACCCAUCAGAGCAGCUUUAAACCUGGUCCUGUGUGGGAGGAGAGGAGCAGGGAAGACUUCAGCAGCCAAGGCCAUUUUAGGUCAGACAGAGCUUCAUUCAGUCUCCAGCUCAUCAGAGUGUGUUAAACAUCAGGGAGAGGUGUGUGGACGUUGGGUUUCCCUGGUGGAGCUGCCUGCCUUGUAUGGAAAACCUCAGGAGGCAGUGAUGGAGGAAUCAUUCAGGUGUAUCUCCCUCUGUGAUCCUGAGGGCGUCCAUGCCUUCAUCCUGGUCCUACCUGUGCGUCCCCUCACUGAUGAAGACAAGGGAGAGUUAGAGACCAUCAGGAACACAUUCAGCUCUGGAGUCAAUGACUUCACCUUGAUCCUGUUCACUGUGGAGUCAGAUCCUGCAGCUCCAGAUGUUGUUAACUUUAUAAGUAAAAAUAAUGCCAUCCAGGAGCUCUGUCAGAGCUGUGGAGGAAGAUAUGUUGUUCUCAACAUCAAGGACCAGCAGCAGAUCCCAGGGCUGUUGGAUGCUGUGGAAAAGAUGAGAGUUGGAGGAUCCAGAUGCUUCACAGUUAAGAUGUUCACCAAGGCUCAGCUGGAUAAUGUUUCAAGACUUCAAGCUGAACUGCAGGAUCUAAAACAGAAAAAGGAGAUGGGAACUGAUGACAUCAGUCAGAGCAGAGAGUGUCUGAGGAUGGUGCUGAUUGGGAAGACUGGCAGUGGGAAGAGUGCAACUGGAAACACCAUUUUGGACAAAGAACAUUUUCUUUCUACUCCCAGCUCAAAGUCUGUGACUAAGUUUUGUAAGAAAGCAACAGGAGAGAUUGAUGGACGACCUGUCGCUGUGGUCGACACCCCCGGCCUGUUUGACACGACUCUGUCCAAUGACGAUGUUCAACAGGAGCUUUUAAAAUGCAUCAGCAUCAUGUUGUCUCCUGGACCUCACGUGUUCUUACUGGUGCUGCAGAUUGGCCGCUUUACACAAGAGGAGAAAGACUCUGUGGAACUGAUCAAGAAAUAUUUUGGCAAGAAUUCAGGAGAUUUCAUCAUCAUUAUCUUCACCAGAGGAGAUGAUCUGAAAAAUAAAACAAUUGAGAGUUACAUUGAAGACUGUGAUGACUUUUUGAAAAAGCUGAUAAACGACUGUGGAGGAAGAUACCAGGUCUUCAAUAACAACAAUCAGACAGAUCGCACACAAGUCAGAGAGCUGCUGAAGAAGUCCAACAGAAUGCUGAUGGAAAAUGGCUGCAACUGCUACACCUCAGAGAUGUUCAAAGAGGCGGAAGAAGCCAUACAGAAGGAAGUGGAGAGAAUCCUGAAGGAGAAAGAAGAAGAGAUGAAGAAACAGAGAGAGGAGCUUCAGAGAAAACAUGAGGAGGAAAUGGAGGCAAUGAAGAGAAGAAUGGAACAACAGAGAGCAGACACUGAACAGGAGAGACAACUGAGAGAUAAACAACUUAAAGAAAUGGAGGAAAACAUCAACAAGGAGCGUGAGGAGAGAAAGAAAGAACAGGAAAUGAGGGAAGACGAGGACAGGGAGAGGAAGGCGCAGGAAGACAUUCAACGACAGGACUGGGAACAAAAACUCGACAGAGAGUUGGAGCAAAGUAAAGAAGAGAUGAGAAAGCAAAAAGAGAACUGGGAGAAGCAAAGACAAGAAUGGUGGGAUAGACAAUAUCAGCACAAUGAACAGAGACGGCAAGAGGAGCAAACAAGACUUAAAAGGCUCCAGGAAGAAUACGAGCAGGAAAGAGAAAAAGAUGAGAAGAAAAGAAGAGAAGAAGAUCGAAUCAGAAGAGAACAAGAGGAGAAGGAGAGAAAAGAAUUAGAGGAAAACUAUAAGAGAAAACUGGAGGAAAUGAAGAGGAAUUAUGAAGAUGAGGCCAGAAAACAAGCUGAAGAGUUCAAUGAGUUCAGACAGAAAUACACCAAGGACUUUACAGCACUGGUAGAGAAGCACAUGGAGGAAAUACAGGAACUGAAGAAAAGGCAUGAGCGACAGAUGCGGGAGAAUGAAGAGAGCCAUGACAAAGAGUACAGUCUGUUACAAAACCUCUCAAGUCACAAAGAAAAAUCUCUGAAAGAAGAGACAGAAACAUUGAAGAAAAAGCAUGAGCAAGAAAUAUACGAACUAAAACAGAAAUACCAAAGCAAAUGUAUCAUCCUCUGAGUGAGGUUUGAUUACCACCUGGGCAAAGAGCAAAGUGGGGCAAAGUGUGCAACUGCCUGGAGCCCCGGACUCUCUAAUCUAAGAUCCACUGUACAACAGUUUAAUUUGUUUGGUAAUCUGCAGCACAUAAGAACCCAGAGGUGCCUUCAGGUGGCUUUAACUUAUACUGAAGCUGCUUUCAGACAGCGAUUGAGUGUACCUUUUACCUGGUGUAUCAGUAAUAUCAGUAUUUAGUCAUUACAGCCACUACUUAAUCGUACCUAAGGCCCCGUCUACAAGUAUACAGAUACCAUUUGGCCUCUUGUCCAAACACAAACAGAAUUUUAGGUCACUAAAAUUAAGAUUUUUUUAGAAACGCUUUUUGAGGUGCAGAUUUUUCAAAACUCUGCUGUUCAUCUGUGUAGAUGUGUAAAACGGAGCGUUUAGGAAAGGAGGACACCAUCUCCUCAAUUUGCACAUAUCAACUGUUGCUUUGUGUAACUAACAUUCAAUGGCAGACUAUUGAUUUGUUUAUGUUUUGUCAGCACUGUUUGGUCUAAUGACUUCUUUACACUGAAACUUAGUACUGCUCCACCACUUCAUGGAUGAAUGGAGCAGUCUACCCUGCUGGCUUUAGAUCCAGCCUUGUUGAAGCAGCUGAUUGUGGAACACUGACGAUUAUUGGAAGAAAUAUUUUCACGUCAAGAGCAUCACUCUUAGUUUUAAAUGAGUUCCGUGGUACUUAAAUUGAAGGGGAAUUAAGGGUGAUGAGAUCUCCAGUUGUGGUUUUGAAAUAGGUAACAUCAGCCUGUGCACCUUAAUAUCGUCACAACAACAGGAGAAUGCAGAAGAUGGCUGACACUGAUGAGCGCUUGGUGUCAUUUUUGUGUUGUAGUGUGUACGGAGAUAUUUUGUGAAAUCAAGGUUGUGUGGACAGAACAGAGGAGGAGAAAAACUAUCCGUUUUUAGAAAUCAUUAUAAAUGUGUAGCCAGGGCCUAAAUGUCAUCCUUUGUGGGUUUUUUUUUAAAAAUAUGUCUUAAUAUACUUAGAGAAUAAAGUCAGCCUGUUAUUCUGUCACAAGAGGGCAGCUUGUCAAUGUCAGCAAAUUUUUUCUUGAAGUGCUGUGUUUCCUGUUCGAUGAGCUACAUCCUGACUACUGCUCUUCACUGCAGUGUGAAUGUUCAUCGGACAUAAUAACCUUUCCUCUUAUUUGUAAAAUUCUUUCACUAUCAUCAUUAUUAUAGUUAUGCAAUGUAACACACACAUUGCACAUUGCACAUUGCACAUUGCACACACAUUAAAGGCCCUUCUAGGGACGGGCAUUGGAAAUUAGCAGUAGCUAUAAAUGCUGUGAUACAUUGCAUUGAUUAACUGCUGUGCAAUUCCCUAUGUAUAUGUAUCUGUCCCUAUCAACAAAAAACACACACACAAUAAAAACCCAACUGAAUUACUGAACUACAAAGCUACAGCAUGUGUAACCUACAACCUUCCUGAAUAAAUA